AUGGGGAAUGAGAAUAGCUCCAUCGGAGACACCCAAUUAACUGUCCUCCUGAUCGGGGUGGCAACUGCCGCGCUCGUGGUGACGAUCUACCACUGCUUACCCGUCGGCUGGUGCAGGCCCCACCCUGCCAAUAACCGGCCCCAGCGGCGACGGGCUACCGAGGCCUUAGAGACACCAAGCAGCAUCGAGAACUCGGCCAUUCACCUGAUUCCGGCCCACAAGUAUCAGAAAGGCGACAAGAUGGUGGGCAAGGAUGGCGUGUGUGCGAUAUGCUUGAGCGAAUACGAAGAGGAAGAGGAGCUGCGCACCUUGCCGGAGUGCAUGCACUCGUUCCACGUGCCGUGCAUCGACAUGUGGCUGUACUCGCACUCGAGUUGCCCAAUGUGCCGCUCCGACACCACCCCCUCACCGCAGAUAAUCCCGAUGAGGAGGCUCGGCUCGGCCGGCAGCGAGGAAGCGGAUCAAGAAGUCACUGUUACAUUGGAGGGCAUCGUCGUGCAGCCUCAUCAAGUGCUGUGA